CCUGAAAUAGUCACCAUGGGGGAAAAUGACCCACCCGCGGCUGAGGCCCCCUUCUCCUUCAGAUCGCUUUUUGGACUUGACGAUUUGAAAAUAAGCCCUGUUGCACCAGACGCGGAUGCUGUUGCCGCACAGAUACUGUCCCUCCUGCCACUGAAGUUCUUUCCAAUCAUCGUCAUCGGGAUCAUUGCGCUGAUAUUAGCACUGGCCAUUGGUCUGGGCAUCCACUUCGACUGCUCUGGAAAGUACAGGUGUCGCUCAUCUUUCAAGUGCAUUGAGCUGACGGCUCGAUGCGACGGGGUCUCGGACUGCAGGGACGCGGAGGAUGAGUACCGCUGCGUGCGCGUGAGUGGCCGCCACGCGGCGCUCCAGGUGUUCACGGCUGCUGCCUGGAGGACCGUGUGCUCUGACGACUGGAGGGGUCACCACGCUAACGUCGCCUGUGCCCAGCUGGGGUUUCCAAGCUACGUGAGUUCAGACGCCCUCAGGGUGGGCCUGCUGGAGGAGCAGCUGCGAGAAGACUUCGCUUCCAUCAAUCACCUCCUGCCUGAUGACAAAGUGACCGCUCUACACCACUCGGUGUACGUGAGGGAAGGGUGUGCCUCGGGUCACGUGGUCACCUUGAAGUGCACGGCCUGCGGUCUGAGAACAGGCUACAGUGCGCGCAUCGUGGGAGGAAACAUGUCCUCGCUGGCGCAGUGGCCGUGGCAGGCCAGCCUUCAGUUCCAGGGCUACCACUUGUGUGGCGGCUCUGUCAUCACGCCCGUGUGGGUGGUCACCGCCGCCCACUGCGUCUACGACCUGUACGUCCCCAAGUCGUGGACCAUCCAGGUGGGUCUGGUCUCCCUGCUCGACAGUCCGGCCCCUUCCCACCUGGUGGAGAAAAUCAUCUACCACAGCAAGUACAAGCCCAAGAGGCUGGGCAACGACAUCGCGCUCAUGAAGCUGGCCGGGCCCCUCACCUUCAACGAGAUGAUCCAGCCCGUCUGUCUUCCCAACUCCGAAGAACAGUUCCCCGACGGAAAAAUGUGCUGGACGUCGGGAUGGGGGGCCACGGAGGACGGAGCAGGCGACGCCUCCCCGGUCCUCAACCACGCAGCGGUGCCCUUAAUCUCCAACAAGGUGUGCAACCACAGGGACGUGUACGGCGGCAUCAUCUCCCCCUCCAUGCUCUGUGCCGGCUACCUGAAGGGCGGUGUGGACAGCUGCCAGGGGGACAGCGGGGGGCCGCUGGUGUGUCAGGAGAGGAGGGCGUGGAAGCUGGUGGGGGCGACAAGCUUUGGCAUCGGCUGUGCUGACGUGAACAAGCCGGGCGUCUACACACGCAUCACCUCCUUCCUGGACUGGAUUCAUGAGCAGAUGGAGAGGGACCUGAAAACCUGAAGAGAGGGGAAUGGGCCGCCAUUUUGAGUUCCCGCCAUGAUGGAGACACCCGUCCUUCCACGGGUCCCCGGGGGGGAAACUUGAGGCAUGAGCCAGUGCCUCCAGAGCUCUUCCUCAUGGCACCACCGCAGAGCCCCAAGAAGGAGAAUCUUUCUGUCCCUGAGCCUCUAGAAUAGCUCGCUCCUAGCCCCUCAACAAGCUCCUGGGGUGUUGGGCUAAAAUGGCCCUGAAGCUCCUUUGUGACGCGACCUUCACCGAGCUCAGAAGCAGGAACGCCUUCCUGGUGCUACCUGGUCCCCCCCCCCCCAACCCGGUCCAUCUGGUUCUCUCUGCCCUGGGGCAUUCGCCACCAUGACUGAUGAGCCUGGAGAAUCUCACCACAAGUCACACCAGCGCUCAGUGGGGACAUGCCAGCCCGGAGCCGCAAGGGGGCGUCGUGGUAGAUGUCGCUGUCUGUGCAAUUUUUACCCCAUGGCAGCGGAACCAAACCAGAUCUUUCUACCUCCCAGAUCCCUUUUUGCCUGUGAGAACUUCACCCACAAGUGAUUCGUUGUGAGGUUUUCUUUCUAGUCUUUCUUUGUAGUAUUUGGUGCUUGGUGUAAUAUUUGUCCCUUCCUUCCGAAGGACGUGUGCACUCUUAACGCAUUCGUCCAUCACAACUUGUCUGAAUGAAUACUGACCACUCGUGUAAAUUGGAAUCAUAAACUUAA